GACCGGCGUUGAGGCGAGUUCACGGACGCCCCAGUAUCCUUUGGAGGCCUCUGGAACGAACGCUGAAAUGAUUUAUUUAGUCUGGGAGCCCAGAACAUGUCUCCUGGUUGAAAAGAGAUGAAGAAGAGAGGAUGGCUGCAUGAUGUUGGCCCGCGGGACCACAAAGUCUGAGGGACAGGACUGUUGCUUUCUGCGACCUAGUGGAGGAGUCAGAGGGGCACAUAGAGGACCUCACAGUGUGGCUUCAGGAUUCUUUGUUGAAAACGAGGGCUAACCAUAAGAAAUGAAUUUUAAUGUCUGGAAUAUCAAAGAGAUGCUCAGUAUUCCCUCAGGCUCUGGGACCACUAAGUCAUCUAGCUGGAAUAAUAAUCAGACUGAUUACUCCAGUCUCAGUGAUUCCCAGUUCCUCUUUGGAUCCCAGUUCUGUCCGGAAAGUUCAGAGACUCUGUCAGCACCCUUGGAUGGUGUCCACUUGAGACAUCCAAAACAGUCACAACAGAAUUCUCUGGACAGUGAACCUAGUAUUUUCACAAAGUACCAGACAAAACCCCAGCUGUUUGGAGGAGAUACAAAUGAUAGAGGUUUAUUUCCUCUUCCUUUGUCAGUUGGAAAAUCAAAGGGCCUCUUGGAGCAGUUUGAAGAGAAAAAGAAAAGGGCAAAAGACAAAUGUGACAGUGAGACUCUAUACAACUUCAUUUCCCAUAUCAGAGAAAGCAUUCACAGGUUGCAGACAUCUGUGGAGAAGUCUGAGGAACAUCUCAGCUCAAGAAGCCAAUCUAUUUUGGAUUGUUUGGAGACUGUGGCCAAGACCUUACAAGAGACUAUGCGGGCCCAGAGUGAUCUGGUGUUGGAAUCAGUCCACGACAAAGGCAACAUGGAGCAGGUCAUCUCUGAGAUACAGAAGAGAUUUGAAGCUAGACGAGCAGAAUUUAUAGAAAUGAAAUCCGACCUGAAGCACCUUGAAGUUUUAGUUGCCCAGCAGAGCAAGGACUUCCAGCAGCUGUGUGAGCAGCUAGGCCAGCUGAAUGUGGCCAGUGUCCUAGCAGAGCUGAAGAGAUUGAUUUCAGUCCCUGGGGUACCCAGGCACGUGAAAGACAGCACUUCCCAGACCUCACCAGCUCUGGCCCAGAGCCUCCAUUUCACCAGGCAGGACAGAGCUGCUCCUGAGGAACCAGUUCUGUGGCAGGCCCAGGCCUGCCCUGCUGUGUGGGAUCGGAGUACGGGCUCCCUGUCGCCUGGAGAGUUUGGUGUCUGCAGUAAGGGAGAAAAAAGUGAUGCUCUCCGAGAAGAGGCUGUGCUGAUGGCAGCUGGAACCAGCAAAAGAAACAGGCAAGUCAAGGACAGGGCCGUGCAGACCCUUACUAAAACCAGCUCUGAGAACCAUGGCUCCGGCUUCCCAGGCCCUGAAGUUCCUGGUGGUAGGGACCGGGUUUCUCGAGGAACCUCAAGGCUUAUACCCCUGGACUUAAACAACCGUGCAACCAGCAUUAAGAACACCUGCCAAAAAUGUCAAACCGAAGGUGUGUCUCUAUGUGACCCUGGUGAAGAAAGGUUGGUGGCUGCACAGAAAGGCAGAGCUGGGGAAAGAGGGCGGAAAGGCAGGAAGCAGCAGCCCAGGAAAUCCCACAGAGGCAGGCCGCUAGCCAGGAAGCAAGAACAAGCCCCUAGCAAAACUCGUGCUUUCAUUUCUAAGUAUCCUCAGCCUCCAGUUUCUGGCCCACAAAGGACCCCCCUGGAGCAGCAGAAACCCCUUGCUCAGCCCCUGCGCCUGUGGGGCCCCAGCAGCCCCACAAAGCCAGACAGCCCUCUUCUGGGAGGAACAGUCAUGCGCAGUAAGGCAACGAGGGCCGCACAAGGAAAUACCUUACAACUCAGUGGGUAUUCUUCCCAAGACAACAGCCUGCUUUCUUCCAGUUCCCAGGGGGACUGCCAGAUGAGCUGGUUCAGCGACCUCAACCUCGGAAGUUUAGAACCCCCUCUGUGCAAGGAGCCAGGGAAGAAUGUGUUCUAUGACCUGGGUUUUGACAGCAGUGACGAUGGCUUCUGACCAGUCCGCAAAAUGUCUUCAGCUGAUAGUUGAUUGGUCUCAGCCGGAAAGACAAAGGAUCGCGCGCUGGAGCUGGCAACAGCAGAAAGUCCCUGAAGCCUGAUGGGAGCCCUCAGGCUCCGAGGCCCUGCUGGGGGUCAGUGCAGGAUGGGUGCGGGGCUGGGGGAGCAGCUCUGGCAUGCUGGGUGCCAGGUGCUGCCCAUGGCAGGCAGGAGAGAUCCACGCAUCCUUAUUUAUUGGAGUGACAUGUGUGAAGACAGUGGUGGGGAGCUGGGGCAGCGGCCCGGGUGUAGGGCAUCAGGAGGGUGCCGUUUUUGGUGAAAGGAGGGCUUUCCAGUGGCAGAAGGGCUCUUGCAGACCUGUUGCUGUGGCAACAUGACUCCCAAACACAACAUUUUUGGUCUUCACAGUAUUUCCACAUAUAACCAAUACUUAUCCAGGCCUCAGUAUUUUUUUAUUAUUAUUUUUAUCCAGUUUUACAGUCAGAGCGCUUGCAUUUUUUCAUCAGUGGAUGUAUUACAGACCACACUGUCAGUCUUCCUGUGCACAGAGAAACAGAAAACGUUAAGCUGCCAAUGAAGGAGAGCUGACAUGCACCCAGCGAAUGCCCAGAGUGCCGCUGUGUACAAGCCACACAAUCCCAGUUUUCUUCCUGGCUGUUUUUCCCCAUCCUGUUUCAAGCUAAUGAAAGCAUCUAAGGGUCCAGUAAUAUUUCUGGAGAACAUUGGGCUUAUAUGAGACUUUGGCUGUUUAUAUCUUGCAGAAGUUUUGAAUUUUUGUUAUAUAUUUCUUUUGUAACAAAAAAUAAAACAUAUAAAACAUUUAAAAGCAUAUUUUUGGGGGGGGACAU